AUGGGUUGCUGGAACAAGCAUGUGUGGGCUAAAGGCUGAAAUUGGGGCUGGAAUUGCGGUGGCCAUAUUAGGUAUAAUCCUUAUUCCCGUGGGGAACAAUAUCAUCCGUGAGACUGUUACAAAGGAAUCGGUCAUCGAGCCUGGGACCACAGCCUGGGACAACUGGGUGUCUGCAGACACACCUGUCUACAGACAGUUCUGGCUCUUUGACGUGCAGAACCCACAGGACGUGGUGGAGAAUGGGUCAAAGCCCAAAUUGGUGGAGAAAGGGCUCUACACAUACAAGACGCGGUACCUGCCCAAAGAGAACAUCACGGCCAACCCAGAGAACCACACCAUCUCCUUCCUGCUCCCUGCGGGGGCCAUAUUUGAGCCCUCCCUGUCUGUGGGGCCUGAGGAGGACAGUGUCACCUCCCUCAACCUGGCUGUGGCUGGUGGGUACAAGUUGUUUCCCCCAUGGGUACUGGAAGCUGCAAUAAAGUUAAACAAUGUCUCCCUCUUCCAGCGACGGACAGUGAGGGAAAUACUCUGGGGUUACAAAGACCCCAUUCUGAAAGGGACACUGGGCCUCUUUUUUCCUUACAACGGCACCUAUGAUGGGCCAUACAGUGUCUUCACGGGGAAGGAUGACAUCUCUAAAGUGUCUAUCAUUCACAGCUGGCAGGGGAAAAGUGAGAAGGUGUCUUUCUGGAACAACACAUACUGCGACAUGAUCAACGGCACAGAUGGCUCGUCAUUCUCUCCCUUCCUGGACAAGAAGAAGCCUCUGUCCUUCUUCUCCCCUGACAUCAGCAGGUCUGUGUCAGCUGAGUAUGAGAGGAGCCUGAACCUGAAGGGGAUCGAGGUGUACCGGUUCAAACUGUCCCCGCUCACCUUAGCCUCCCCUGCAGUCAACCCAGACAACCAGUGCUUCUGCACAGACUCUGUCGUCUCUAAGAACUGCACAUUGGCCGGAGUCCUGGACAUCAGCUCCUCUCGUGGACAACCAGUCUAUAUCUCCCUGCCUCACUUCCUGCAUGGUAGUCCAUACCUGGUUGAAGAUGUGGAGAGCCUUGGUCCUAGUGAGGAGCAUCACGUCACGUUCCUGGAUGUGGAACCGACCACGGGGUUCAGUCUGAGGUUCGCUAAGAGACUGCAGGUGAACAUGAUGUACGGCCCCUCCAAGACCAUCACACGGCAUCCCUGGAUGACGAGACAGCGGACAGGUUUAAGAAGGAGCUGUUAUCUCGUGUUGACAUGCUGGAGACGGUGCAGUUCACGCUGAUAGGCGUAGGGUCAGCAGCCUCGGUACUCUGCACAGCGGCACAUUGUUUGGUAAGCAGAAACAACAAGCUUGUGUGAGAGGGACAAUGCUGCUGUGCAACAGAGGAACAGCGGGGGUACAAGGACAUCGGUGUGCUGUAACUUGUCACUUAAUAUCACGCACGUUCACCAUUUGUGUUAUUUACAAUGUCAAAAUUCUUGCUCUGAUACAAAGCAAGGGUACAUUGUAGACAUUGUGGGAGUUAGAAUGUACUUCUUUGUACAAAUUCUUAUAAAACUGUUCCUUUAUGUUGUUGUAAUUUGAUUGGCACACACCUCCCGGCUAGAUUUUGGUCAGAGAUUGUGAAAGCUAGAAUAUACGGCGGUUGAAAUUGCUAUGACAUUAAUGUAGCGAACAUUCAUGACUCCAAUAAAAAGAAAUCAAGCUGAUUCAAAUGUAUUCAACUUAAUCUCAGCUCCCACUGAAGUUGAGCCAUGAAUAUCAAUGGAGGCAGGAAUGGGGAGGAAGUGAAGUUGUUUUAUGAUACCCUGCUUUUCAAGGGGUCUUAAGUAGAGUUGAUACUCUGCUUCUCAAGGGGUCUUAAGUAGAGUUAUGGCACGGUAUGAGUCUAGCUUAAACUGGCCCACCUAACCAGCUUAGGUUCUCUCAUUACUGGAACAAACCGCUCUAUUGUACAUUUGAAGCCAAAUUAUUCAGUUUCCCUUUCACCUCAUGUGGCCCGUAAAUCAAAGUGAGAGUGAAAACACCCCCAUACGGAUGAUUAUUCUGUGGUUUCUGCAUGGCACUUGGGUUUGUUUGGUAAGAAAGCACUGUUUUUCCCCACAAGGAACCCUCCCUUAGUUUUAAAAGGUGACCAUUUGCCGGUUCCCGGGGCGCUUUGAUACCGCUGUCUACUCGAGAGUACAGUAACAGUGGAAAGUGUUUCAUUGAGAUUGAACGAGCAAUCUUUACUUGCGUUCGGGCUCCUCAGCUCUCUAGCCUUCCCUGCACCAGCACACUCUAAAGCAGCCAUUUUCUUUCUAAGCCAUAUCUUCUAAGAUGUGUGGCUGUUUGAAAAUGAAUAAUAAGUACUGAAUAUUAAUCUACAAACGGAAACUAACCAAUAUUCAAUGAUAGUUCUAACAGCAGCUACUGAUAUCUUCAUGUAAAUAUUCUGAAGGAAAGUAGGCCAUGCCUAAGUAUAAUUUCUCAAGUAUUUAAACUUGUGGGUACCUAAUAAAAUCACAU